GCCAGAAGCCCUUCAGAGCGCUUCAGAGCGCGUGAGCGUGCCGCUCCUAGCGGUGUCUGACGCAACCCUGCCGACACAGUUCGAGAGAGCAGCGGACCCGCAUCUGGCCCGGCAGGCAGUACCGUUCCAGUCGUCUUUUUGAGAGGUUCUCUACCCGAGCGAGAAGCCCAAGCCGCCACCAUGUCCAAGCCCAACAUUUACCUGACCAGGCCCGAUAUCCCCAAGGAAGCAUUGGACAAGCUCAGGCAUUUCUGCAAUGUCACCCACUGGAACCAGGAGCGACCCGUGGACCGGGCCGUGCUCUUGGAGAACGUGAAGGGCAAGGACGCCCUGCUGUGCAUGCUCACGGACAACAUCGACAAGGAGGUGAUCACGGCAGGCGACAAACUCAAGAUAAUCGCCACCAUGUCCGUGGGGUUCGAGCACAUCGACCUGGAGGAGUGUAAGCGGAGGAAUAUUCCGGUGACGAACACCCCCGACGUGUCCUCUGACUCGGUGGCCGAGCUCACCGUGGCCCUGGCUCUGGCCGCAGGCCGAAGAGUAGUCGACUGUGCCCAAGCCAUUAAGGAGGGCGAGUGGCUGUACUCUUGGGGUCCCAUGUGGCUGUGUGGUCAGGGGCUCCACAACUCUGUCGUGGGCUUUGUGGGCAUGGGCCGCAUCGCCCAAUCUGUGCUGAAGCGCUGCCUGGGCUUGGACAUCAAGAAGGCCAUCUAUUACGACAAGUUCCACCCCAUCAAGCCAGCGGAGGACAUGGGCGCUGUGUUUGCGCCCCUGGAGGACGUGAUCAGCCAGUCCGACUUCGUCAUCACCCUGGUGAACCUGUCGGAGGAGACGCGAGGCAUGUUCAACAAGGCGCUCUUCCUGAAGAUGAAGAGGACGGCCGUCUUCAUCAACACCAGUCGGGGCGGCGUGGUGAACCAGGACGACCUGUACGACGCCCUCAAGAACAACGUUAUCCGCGCCGCGGCCAUCGACGUCUCUUUACCCGAGCCCUUGCCCAAGGACCACAAGCUUCUGACGCUCCGGAACCUCAUCGUGACGCCGCACAUCGGCAGCUCCGAGGUGAGCGUCCGCAUCGAGAUGGGCCUGCUGGCCGCCGACAACGUCAUCAACGCCGUCUUGGGCAAGCCGACCCGCACCAAGCCGGUCAAUGCGUAGGACGCCUCUCCCCACCCCCUGACAUAGAGCAUACUCGCAGCGCCUGCCGUGUCGGACAAUCUGCCCUGUUCCUCGUUCCCCGUGUUGUAACCAAUAAACGAUGGUGCCAACUGUUAAUGUUAA